AUGGAGAUAUAUCUAAAGACGAAUGAUGCACAGUUGGUCAGUGAUCGUUGGACGAAAGAAAUCGAUACGAGUAAAAAUGUAGAAAUUACAACUGCCACAUAUAAGAUAUCUUUCAAAUGCGAUAGCGUUGAAUCCCUAGAAAAUAGAAUUCAUACAAAUGAAAAACCCUAUUCUUGUGAUGUAUGCAGCAAAGAAUUCUCUCAGAAGAUUCCUUUAGAAAAUCAUCAUCGAACUCAUACUAAUGAAAAACCCUAUUCUUGUGAUGUAUGCAGCAAAGAAUUCUCUCAGAAGAUUCAUUUAGAAAAUCAUCAUCGAACUCAUACUAAUGAAAAACCCUAUUCUUGUGAUGUAUGCAGCAAAGAAUUCUCUCAGAAGAUUCAUUUAGAAAAUCAUCAUCGAACUCAUACUAAUGAAAAAACCUAUUCUUGUGAUGUAUGCAGCAAAGAAUUCUCUCAGAAGAUUCAUUUAGAAAAUCAUCAUCGAACUCAUACUAAUGAAAAACCCUAUUCUUGUGAUGUAUGCAGCAAAGAAUUCUCUCAGAAGAUUCAUUUAGAAAAUCAUCAUCGAACUCAUACUAAUGAAAAACCCUAUUCUUGUGAUGUAUGCAGCAAAGAAUUCUCUCAGAAGAUUCAUUUAGAAAAUCAUCAUCGAACUCAUACUAAUGAAAAACCCUAUUCUUGUGAUGUAUGCAGCAAAGAAUUCUCUCAGAAGAUUCAUUUAGAAAAUCAUCAUCGAACUCAUACUAAUGAAAAACCCUAUUCUUGUGAUGUAUGCAGCAAAGAAUUCUCUCAGAAGAUUCAUUUAGAAAAUCAUCAUCGAACUCAUACUAAUGAAAAACCCUAUUCUUGUGAUGUAUGCAGCAAAGAAUUCUCUCAGAAGAUUCAUUUAGAAAAUCAUCAUCGAACUCAUACUAAUGAAAAACCAUAUUCUUGUGAAAUAUGUGGGAAAAAAUUUAGUAAUAAAUCAAAUUUCAAUAUCCACUAUAGAACUCACACACAUGACAAACCGUAUUCUUGUGAUAUUUGCAACAGAACAUUUACUCACAGAUCGACAUUAAAUAAUCAACAUUGA